GGGCGGCGGCGGCGGCGGUUGCGGCUGUCGCGGAGCGCGGGCGGUGCGCGGCUCUGCCCGGGCUCGCAGGGCGGAUAGAGCGGGGCCGGCGCGGCGGAGCGGGGCCGCCAUGGGCUCCCAGGUGCUGCAGAUCCUGCGCCAGGGCGUGUGGGCGGCGCUGAGCGGCGGCUGGUACCAGGACCCGCACCAGGGCGCGGGGGUCAACGCGCUGCACCUCUACCUGUGGCUCUUCCUGCUCGGCUUCCCCUUCACCCUGUACAUGGCUCUUCCUUCUUCCAUGAUGAUAGUAGCUGUCUACUGCCCCGUGAUUGCAGCUCUCUUUAUCGUUUUGAAGAUGGUGAAUUACCGUUUGCACAGGGCACUGGAUGAGGGAGAAAUUGUGGAGAGGAAUGCCAGUGAGCAUAUGGACAGAGGUGCAAAAACAGAACAAAGCAAUGUUUCAGCCAAGAGGAAAGACAGCAAUGGGCCCAGUGACCCUGGUGGAGGGAUUGAGAUGUCAGAGUUCAUACGAGAAGCAACUCCCCCUGUUGGCUGUAGUUCACGCAAUUCUUAUGCUGGGAUAGAUCCAAACAACCAGGUUGGAUCUGGGUUAUCUCGUCUGGGAACAGCAGCAACCAUCAAAGGUGAUACUGACACUGCCAAGACCUCUGAUGAUAUCAGUUUGAGUCUUGGCCAGAGUUCUAGCCUAUGUAAAGAAGGGAGUGAAGAACAAGAUUUGGCGACUGAUCGGAAGCUUUUUCGUCUGGUGUCGAACGACUCGUUUGUCUCCAUCCAACCUUCAUUGUCCUCUGGACAGGAUUUGCCAAGGGACAACAGUGACAAAGUGUGCCUCUCGAACAACCAGCUUGUGGACCAGUCUAAAAACAGUGCAUGUGACACAGAAGUAGCUUCGCUUGUAACUCUGCAUUCUCACUCCUAUAGGAAGGAUCAUAGACCACGAGGUGUACCAAGGACUUCUAGCUCUGCUGUUGCUUUUCCAGAUGCUUCACUAAAUGACUUCCCCCUCUAUCAGCAAAAACGAGGACUAGAUCCUGUCAGUGAGUUAGAAGCUUCCAAGCCCCCUUCUGGAUCCCGAGAGUCUUUGGGUGAGAACUCUUGCAUUUCAGGAGUUUUUCAAUUAGAUGACAUUCUGAAAAGUAGCAGCCCUCAACCAUUGACUAAGAGUGGGAAGAGCAAAUCCUUGAAAGCCGACAAAAGUAUGGACAGUCUGAGAAGCCUGAGUACUAGAAGCAGUGGUUCAACAGAAAGCUACUGCAGUGGGACUGAUCGUGACACCAACAGUACCAUCAGUAGCUAUAAAAGUGAACAUACUAGCUCAACGCAUAUAGAAAGUGUAUUAUCAGAGCACGAGGAGGAGUCUCCUAGAGAAGAGAAAAAGGAUGGUAAGAAAAAAGACUGUGGUGUCGACUCAGAGGAUGACAGUAGUUCUACUACUGACAAAAGGACUAGUAGCGAAAGGACUGCUGUGGAAGUGAGCCCUCUGGGUGGUGUUCAAGAGGUAAAGGGUUCUAAUGCAUCUGAUGAGAUGCUCAGCCAGAAAGGUCUUGGUGCCUCUGCUUCAGAAGAGGCCAAUAAGAACCCACAUGCCAAUGAAUUAACUACACAAGCUGACAGGCCGCUUGGGAAGGCUGCUGAACAGAGAGAGGAGCAGAGUGAGAAACUAGCUGUGUUAGUAGAUUCAAGAGCUUCUAAAGAAACUAGUGGAAAACAAAAAGAAGGAGAUGUUCGACCAAAAUCUUCUAGUUUAAUACAUCGAACAGCCUCUACCCACAAGUCCAGCCGGAGAAGGACAGGAAAAAAGCGGGCUAGUAGUUUUGAUUCAAGUCGGCACAGGGAAUAUGUUUCCUUCCGAGGUGUAUCUGGUACUAAACCUCACAGUGCUGUGUUUUGUCAUGAUGAGGACUCCAGUGAUCAAAGUGACUUGAGCAGGACAUCAAGCAUGCAGUCAGCUCACCAGUUCAGCAGUGAUAGCUCUUCCAGCACCACCUCCCAUUCAUGCCAGUCUCCUGAGGGAAAAUACAGUGCUUUAAAGACCAAAUACGUUUCUAAAGAACGUGGGGGCACAGACUCUGAAAAUGCUCACAAAACCCACGUAAGCUCUGAAGGAAUUAGCAAAAAAAGAUCUACACGACGGACUUCUAGCACAAACAGUGCCAAGAAUCGUGCCAGAGUGUUAAGCCUGGACAGUGGUACUGUAGCUUGUUUAAAUGACCCAAAUAGUUUAAUGGCACCAGGUAACAUAAAACAGUUAACCACUUCAAAAUCUGAUUUGGAAGCCAAAGAAGGAGAGGUGCUAGAUGAGCUAUCUCUGUUGGGAAGGGCUUCACACUUAGAGUCAGUCACUCGUUCUAGGAAUAGCUUACCAAGCCAGGCUACAUUUCCUGAAGGGGAAGAGCAAGAGUCAGCAAGUGGAGCAGCACAAGCCAGCGAGGAGACAGUGACAUUUCGCCGUGAACGCAGCACAUUUAGGCGUCAGGCAGUACGACGCCGGCACAAUGCAGGGAGUAACCCUACCCCUCCUACAUUGCUCAUCGGAUCACCCCUCAGCCUUCAAGAUGGUCAGCAAGGCCAGCAGUGCUCCUCCCAGGUCAGAGUGCAGUCCCGCCCCCCUUCCCAGGCAGCUGUGCCCGGUGCUAGCGCCUCCUUGCUGGUGAGAAAUGGGAGUGUCCACUUAGAAGCAUCACAUGCCACUGCAUCUGCUGUAGGCGGUAGCAGUUUGCACGAUGAACUUGGUAAGUUCAGUUCUACGCUCUACGAGACAGGGGGCUGCGACAUGUCACUUGUGAACUUUGAGCCAGCUGCAAGAAGAGCGUCUAACAUCUGUGACACGGACUCUCACGUAUCGAGUUCUACCUCAGUUCGCUUUUAUCCACAUGAUCUACUUUCUCUUCCUCAGAUCAGGUUGAACAGGCUGCUAACAAUGGAUACAGAUCUGCUGGAGCAGCAAGAUAUUGACCUGAGCCCUGACCUUCAGGACCACAUGCAACCUCAAGAGGAAGCAGCUCAAAAAGUCAAGCAGUACUAUCGCUUUUGGAUCCUACCUAAGAUUUGGAUUAGCAUCAAUUUUGAUAGAUUAACUCUUCUGGCUUUAUUUGAUAGGAAUCGUGAGAUCCUUGAAAAUGUAUUAGCUGUCAUCCUAGCUAUUCUAGUUGCAUUUCUGGGCUCUGUACUUCUUAUAGAGGGCUUUUUCAAGGAUAUUUGGGUCUUCCAGUUCUGCCUGGUAAUAGCCAGUUGCCAGUACUCGCUGUUGAAGAGCGUUCAGCCAGAUUCUUCUUCCCCUCGACAUGGUCACAAUCGUAUCAUAGCCUAUAGUAGGCCUGUAUAUUUCUGUUUAUGUUGUGGUCUUAUUUGGCUGUUGGAUUAUGGCAGCAGAAACAUAUCUACAACAAGAUUCAGGUUGUAUGGAAUGGCUUUCACCAACCCAUUGCUGCUGCUGUCAGCCAGGGACUUAGUUAUAGUGUUUACACUAUGUUUCCCUAUAGUAUUCUUCAUUGGUCUCCUGCCUCAGGUGAAUACAUUUGUGAUGUAUCUCUGUGAACAGCUGGACAUUCAUGUCUUUGGUGGCAAUGCUACCACAAGCCUGCUUGCAGCACUUUACAGUUUUAUCUGUAGUAUUGUGGCAGUAGCAUUGUUGUAUGGACUGUGCUAUGGUGCCCUGAAGGAUUCCUGGGAUGGGCAGCAUAUUCCAGUUCUUUUCUCCAUAUUUUGUGGUUUGUUAGUGGCAGUAUCGUAUCAUCUCAGCAGACAAAGCAGUGACCCUUCUGUACUUUUCUCUUUAGUGCAAUCAAAAUUUUUUCCUAAUUCUGAAGACAAAAACCCUGAGGAUCCUCUGUCUGAAGUAAAAGAUCCUUUACCUGAGAAGCUUAGAAAUUCUGUGAGUGAACGAUUGCAGUCUGACCUGAUUGUGUGUAUAGUCAUUGGUGUCCUCUAUUUUGCAAUUCAUGUCAGUACAGUAUUUACAGUUUUACAGCCUAUUUUAAGUUAUGUUCUCUAUGCAUUGGUGGGUACGGUAGGCUUUGUGACCCAUUAUGUUCUGCCUCAACUCCGAAAGCAGCUUCCUUGGCACUGCUUUUCUCACCCGCUGCUGAAAACCAAGGAAUACCAUCAGUUUGAAGUCCGGAAUGCUGCGCAUGUUAUGUGGUUUGAGAAACUUCACAUUUGGCUCCUUUUUGUAGAGAAGAAUGUUAUCUAUCCACUGAUAGUCCUCAAUGAGCUUAGUAGCAGCGCUAAGAAUAUUGCUAGUCCAAAGAAACUGGAUACUGAGUUGGGUGCUUUAAUGAUCACAAUAGCUGGCUUGAAGUUACUGCGUUCAUCAUUCAGUAGCCCAACGUGCCAGUAUGUCACUGUUAUUUUCACAGUGCUCUUCUUUACUUUUGAUUACAAAAGUUUUACUGAGACCAUGCUGCUAGAUCUCUUCUUCAUGUCCAUACUCUUCAGCAAGCUUUGGGAACUCUUUUAUAAAUUGAGAUUUGUAUAUACCUACAUUGCUCCCUGGCAGAUCACAUGGGGGUCUGCCUUCCAUGCUUUUGCCCAGCCCUUUGCUGUGCCACAUUCUGCCAUGUUGUUUGUCCAAGCAGCUGUGUCAGCUUUCUUCUCUACUCCACUGAAUCCUUUUCUGGGAAGUGCAAUAUUCAUCACUUCAUAUGCCAGGCCUGUCAAAUUCUGGGAAAGAGACUACAACACAAAACGUGUGGAUCAUUCAAAUACUAGACUGGCUUCACAGCUUGAUCGGAAUCCAGGUUCAGAUGAUAACAACCUGAAUUCUAUCUUCUAUGAACAUUUAACUCGUUCCCUUCAGCACAGCUUAUGUGGAGAUUUGUUGUUGGGUCGCUGGGGAAACUACAGUACUGGGGACUGCUUCAUUCUAGCCUCUGACUACCUCAAUGCACUAGUACACCUUAUAGAGAUAGGAAACGGCUUGGUCACCUUCCAGCUGAGGGGGCUUGAAUUCAGAGGAACUUACUGUCAGCAACGAGAAGUAGAGGCCAUCACUGAAGGUGUAGAGGAAGACGAAGGUUUUUGUUGCUGUGAACCAGGCCACCUUCCUCACAUGCUUUCCUUUAAUGCUGCCUUUGGGCAGCGUUGGCUGGCUUGGGAAGUGCUUGUAACAAAGUAUGUUCUGGAGGGUUACAGCAUCACUGACAACAGUGCAGCUUCCAUGCUUCAAGUCUUUGAUCUCCGGAAAAUUCUCACCACUUACUAUGUGAAGGGAAUCAUCUACUAUGUCACAACAUCUCCCAAGCUAGAGGAAUGGUUAGCUAACGAGACAAUGCAGGAAGGACUGCGGCUGUGCACAGACCGCAAUUAUGUGGAUGUAGACCCAACAUUUAACCCCAAUAUUGAUGAGGAUUAUGACCACCGGCUGGCAGGGAUCUCAAGAGAGAGCUUCUGUAUGAUAUAUUUGAACUGGAUAGAAUAUUGCUGCUCUCGAAGAGAAAAGCCACUGGAUUCAAGUAAAGACUCACCCCUAGUGACAUUGUGUUAUGGACUGUGUGUUCUGGGGCGGAGAGCAUUGGGAACAGCUUCACAUCAUAUGUCUAGUAACCUGGAAUCCUUCUUGUAUGGCCUUCAUGCCCUGUUUAAGGGUGACUUCCGUAUAUCUUCAAUUAGAGAUGAAUGGAUCUUUGCUGACAUGGAAUUGCUGAGGAAAGUAGUGGUUCCUGGAAUACGGAUGUCACUGAAGCUACAUCAGGAUCACUUCACUUCUCCAGAUGAAUAUGAUGAUCCUUCUGUCCUUUAUGAAGCUAUAACAACCCAUGAAGAAAAUCUAGUUAUAGCACAUGAAGGGGACCCCGCUUGGCGGAGUGCAGUUCUUUCCAAUUCUCCGUCUCUUCUUGCUCUGCGUCACGUGAUGGAUGAUGGCACCAAUGAAUAUAAAAUCAUUAUGCUCAAUAAGCGCUAUCUCAGUUUCAGGGUCAUUAAGGUGAAUAAGGAGUGUGUGCGUGGCCUGUGGGCAGGACAGCAGCAGGAGCUUGUCUUCUUGCGUAAUCGUAAUCCAGAAAGAGGAAGCAUCCAAAACGCUAAACAAGCUCUGAGGAACAUGAUCAACUCCUCUUGUGACCAGCCAAUUGGAUACCCCAUCUAUGUCUCACCUUUGACUACUUCCUAUUCAGAUAGUCAUGAACAGCUAAAGGACAUUCUUGGUGGAGCCAUCAGCUUAGGAAACAUCAGGAACUUCAUAGUGUCUACAUGGCACAGACUAAGGAAAGGCUGUGGAGCUGGCUGCAAUAGUGGUGGAAAUAUUGAAGAUUCAGAUGCUGGAGGUGGAGCUUCUUGCACAAGUAACAAUGCAACGAUCAAUGAGUCACAGAGCAGCAUGUCACAAGGAGGAGGGAAUGCACCUACAGUACAGCACCCUCCUGUUGCAGCUCAUCCCACAACUUUUCCUGCAGCUCAUCCACCAACUCAUCCCUCCACUCUGGGCACCAGUCACAGCUCUCACUCUGUGCAGUCCAGCCUUGUCAGACAUUCCCCUGCCCGUGCCUCAGUAGCUAGCCAUUCAUCCUAUUGCUACGGCAGCCGUCAUUCAUCUCUUCGCACAUCCACAACAGGCUUUGUGCCUUGCCGGCGCUCUUCCACCAGUCAGAUAUCCCUUCGUAACCUCCCAUCAUCCAUCCAGUCCCGCCUAUCUAUGGUGAACCAAAUGGAACCUACUGGCCACACUGGGGUCAGCCUGCAGCAUGGACUGCCCUCUUCUAGCAGCUCCAGCCAAAGCAUCCCAGCCUGUAAACAGCAUGCCCUUGUGGGCUUUCUAGGGACAGAAGGAGGGAGUAAUGCAGCUGAAACUCAGUCAGGUGGCAAUGCAAGCCCUGCAAAUCAAAUGCAAGCCAAAAAGGAUGACGUUAUUUACAGAAUCCAGUUAAUGGAUCCCAGUCAAGUACUGGAAGGUAUCAACGUGUCAAAAAGGAAAGAGCUGCAGUGGCCAGAUGAGGUGAUACGGCUAAAAGCUGGAAGAAACAGCUGGAAAGACUGGAGUCCUCAGGAAGGCAUGGAAGGCCAUGUGAUUCACCGCUGGGUGCCUUGCAGCAGAGAUCCAAGUAGUCGGUCACAUAUAGAUAAAACCAUCCUGCUGGUUCAAAUUGAAGAUAAAUACGUUGCUGUUGUUGAAACUGGAGUCCUUGAACUUGGGGCUGAAGUGUAAAUCUCUUUGAGACUGAAACUUCCCCUUCUCCAAUGGUUCGGAAGAGAGAAGGGUCCAGAAGAAGCAGCUCCCAGGACAUGAAACUUUGGUCCGGUUGUAGGAAAGGACUUGAAACACAGAUUUGUCUAAGUCCCUUUCCUCAAAUAAACAAGUGUAAGAAAUUUUUUAAGUUGUUAGCUGCUGAAGAAACACUUGCAUGAAGGAUAGAUUUGUUGAGACAUAUCUUUUGUUUAUAAAUUUUGUUAUGCAUUGCGUAAUGCUUUAAAUCAACAAACUUUUCAGUUCUAAGAUCAGAGCACCUCAUAUUUUUCUAAUUGUUUUGCCAAAAAUUGCCAUGUCUUGUCACAGAGUGCGUGGAAUUCAUCCACCUUAUUUUAAUGAAAUUGACUACAAACCUUCAGUUUGGUGAAACAGUGUAAGGGUUUCAGGUGUGGCAAGAAGAGACUGAACAGAUGUAUAGAUUCUUAUUCCUUAUGAGCUAAACAUUAAUGAGAACUGCACUAAUUUUUUUACAGCAAUGCACUAAAAACAACCCUGAGAUUGCUGAGAACAUUUAUUUAUAUAUAUAAAUAUAAGUAUAUAAAAUACCAUUAUUUAAAUUGCCUUUGGGAUUAAUCCCCUCCCUCUCCAUAUACAUGUUGAUGGUAAGGGCUGUGCCAUGGGUUUGGUUCUAUGUUCUGUAUUUCGUACAAGUGCAUUUGCUGCAUCCUCUUCACAAUAAAUGGUAAAAUAACAAAUGUGUAGAAAAGCACCUGAGUAUCCCUGUACUACAUCAGACUUUAUUGUGGUGGCAGUGGUACCUCAAGCCUGUACAACACGUCUAGCUUUAAAGUGGGCCCCAGUAUGACUUUCCAUCUGUCUUCCCUUCAUGAGCCAUGGAUGCUUUGCUUCUUUACACCCAGAGCUGGCUGUGUUGUUUCACUGGCUCUUCUCUGGCAAACACGGUGGUUUUAGUUUUGUAGCGGGAGGUGCAGGUCCAUGAUUACUUCACGGAUGCUUGAAGGAUUUUUUGAUUCUAUCCAAUUUUAAAAGAAAAAGUAGCAACAACAAAACUCCCCAAACAAAACAAAAAAAGUACCAAACGAAACUUGACUUCUGCUUUUAAAGAUCUUUUAUAGAAGGCACAGCCCUAAACUUGUAUCAGUUUUACCACCUUGCCUUUUCUUUCCCUUUAGUCUUCAUUCUUUUCUAUGACUUGAAUUUUAUUUUCUGUGAUUAUAUAUUCUAUGUAAGUGUAAUUUGAGUAUUUAUAACUGUGAAGUUGAAUUAUUCAUGUGUUACAUAUCCUAGGUUUUAUUGUAUUUUUUUAAAAGUGUGUAUUCAGGGAAACAAGUAACUCAGAACUAUCAUGGGAGUGUGAGAGGGAAACUGGUUUGUUCUUGACUUGCAGUUCCUAUGACUCACUUUUCUUAAUCCGUAAGAAAAAAAUGUACCUGUUGUGAUUGUU